UUUCUUCCACUUCUGGACGGCAAGUACUGCGCACAUUUAAUACCGGAGACACGUAUUCGCAUCAGGUCGCGUUAUUUUUCUUACGGCAAUAACAAAAGGUGAUAUUGUUUGGAGGGUGUUUUAGCACGACAGCGGGGAUUUAGAAGUUUAACGCGAGGCUACGUUGCUCUUCUACAAGUGGACUGUUUUAGUACACAGGCUAACUGUUUUAUUUUCCUGUCAAAAUUUGGGUCCAGGUUGGACGGAUUUGACAUGUCCUGCGGCUUGUUGGAGUUUUGUCGUCUCCAAGAGCUGAAGACAGUCAGGGACUAUUUGUUCCACGGUCAAACUGAGCCUGUGGAGAACAAUCAAACUGCUGAAAAUGAAUUUUCGUGGGACACCUCUGACUGGGAAACAGCAUGGGACAGUGACAAGAGCAAACAGCAAGAAACCACAUCGGCUACAUCGGUGGAGGAAACCACAGAGCUAAGUGGACCAUGGCUACAGAACUGCACGGUGUCCCUCUCUCCCUGCUCAGAUCUGCUUGUGGUGGCUCAUGAGCAAAAGGCUGUCUUUCUCUCAGCUAAGUGGCGAACAGAUGGUGGUGGCAGAGAAGAGAUGACCCUGGCUGUGUCUUGGAGUGGAAUACUCAGCACUGAAGAAGGAGAGCGCGUGAGCAGCACCAUCUGUAUACCGCUGGCAAGCCAGAAAAGAAGCUCCACUGGGCGACCGGACUGGACAUGUGUUGUUGUUGGUUUCACAUCUGGCCAUGUCCGCUUCUACACAGAGAAUGGAGUUCUGCUUCUGGCGCAACUGCUUCACGAGGACCAAGUCUUAAGGCUGAAGUGUCGCACGUAUGAGAUCCCUCGCCAUCCUGGAGUAACUGAGCAGCAUGAAGAGUUAAGCAUCCUCUACCCUGCUGCCCUGGUCACCAUAGAUGGUUUCAGCCUCUUCCAGUCACUGCGCGCUUGCCGGAACCAGGUGGCAAGAGCGGCAGCCGUUGGUAGUGAUGUGAUUCAGCCUCCUCCCCUGGCUUAUAAGAAGUGGGCUCUCCAGGACAUGGACGCGAUUGUAGACCACUGUAGUGUGGGUGUCAUGACGCUAAAUGUGUUUGAUCAGAUGAAGAAUGCCUCUAUUUUGGGGGGGUUCAAUGCUUCAGUAAAAGGCAGCCCCCCUGCCAUGAGCCAGUACGUGACUGUCGGAGGGGGCCCAUACACUGGCUUUUACUAUGCUGUCGAGGGAAGCACCCAGCCUCUUCUUUCUCACGUGGCUCUCGCUGUGGCCAGUAAACUGACAUCAGCCCUCUUCAGUGCUGCCAGUGGAUGGCUAGGAUGGAAUAAGCAUAAGAAUGAAGAUGAGACAGUCCAGAAACACAAGCCCAAGGUUGAACCUGCCACACCCUUGGGGAUCAGAUUUGGUCUCCCGGACUCUCGCCGCCAUGGCGAGUCCAUUUGCCUGUCCCCUUGUAACACGCUAGCCGGAGUAACUGACGACUUUGGUCGAGUCACGCUGCUGGACCUAAACAGAGGGAUUGCAAUUCGUAUGUGGAAAGGUUACAGAGAUGCGCAGCUGGGUUGGUUGCAUGUUCCAGAGGAGCAAGUCAGUCGGGAAAGUUCCCUCUCAACUUCCGUCCCCAGGCGCCAUGCACUGUUUCUGGUUAUUUACGCCCCGCGCAGGGGGAUCCUGGAGAUAUGGGCAAUGCAAUAUGGACCUCGAGUGGGCGCAUUCAAUGUCGGCAAACACUGCAGGUUGCUGUAUGCGGGUUACCGUCUGUUAGGGGUGAACAGUGUGACCAGUCAGGGCUGGAAGAUCCACAUCCAUCAAGUGUGUUUGCUGGAUCCCGUCACAGGAACCCUAAGGACUGUGAAUGUUCCCUUCCACCUGGCCCUCAGCGACAAGAAGAGUGAAGGGGCCAAAGAUAUGCAUUUGUUUAAGAAACUGACAACAAUACUCAAGAGCAGAGAUAUGGAGCCUGAUAUUUUGGAGAGUGAGGCCAAAGACGUGCUGCUGGAUAUCAAACAGUCCUCCAUUCAAAAACAGGCUUUGGAGUCUUUGCUGUCCAACAAGAGCAUUCCUGUCUUGUGUCUCACGAACAUCACAUGCGCCUUACUCAGCGCUCUGCAGCAGCAAGACGCCGACCAAGUGGAUCCAGUGUUAAUGCAGCUCUGCUCCUCCCGGCUGAAACUGCUUCAGCUUUAUACUGACAUCCACCACAUGAACUCUUCUGCCGACAGUGAGGAUCGCAACGAGGCUCUGGACUCCCUUGAUGGCACUGAGGGUGAUUUGGCACGUGUGAGUCCCACCUUGCAACGUUACACCAAGCUCAACUCGAGGCCCAGCGUUUCUUUUGUUCAAGACGCACCAGACGCACCUCUUCCCGCCCAAACCUUCCUCUCGCAGAUUGAAUGCACAGAGGAUGGGCAGUUAAAGCUUAUCCACCAUUCUGAACCAGAAUGGAACCAGUUAGGGAGCUUCAUCUUCUGGGGUUGCCUGUGUGGUAAAAGCCCACCACAUAAGAUCUGUGACAAACUGCAACAGGCUGCCAUUGGCCCAACGCAGCUACUAUCUCUGUUGUUAAGUGUAUGGUUGCAACGAGAAAAGGAGGUGCUCCAGACCCCGACAGAAUGUCUUCGAAACCUUCACGAAUUACUGGUUCUCCUCAGCAACAUGGACGGCGCCAUCGAAGAGUCAUGGGACCCCCAAUCUGUGUCCCCUUGGUGGCAGCAGUGCCGCAACAUCUUGGUGCAGUCACACAACUCUGCGGCCGCUCUGCUGGCUGCUUUUGUUGCUCAUCGUGCCGCUAGGGCCAGCAUCACCAACAGGGCAGACAGCAAGUUACAGUCAGAGUGGGAAGCUGUGUCUUUGGAGCUGGAGCACUGGGUGGUGUGCGUUCGUCAGCUGGAGGAUGUACUUGUGCUGCAGACGCUACUCUUGGUGCCACCGACUGUCGGAGCAGCAGGAGGCCCCGCUGCGCUGUGUUCCAUAAAAACACUGCUGGAGGGAGGCUCAGGUGGUAUCACUGACAAUGUCUCCAAGUGGGUGUUCAGGCACAACCUGGCCUCUGAGCAACUCAAAGAAAUCCUUCAGGAGAGCAAGGAUAAGGAUGAAGAGGGUGCAGGAGAAGAUGUAAAAGUGGUAGAAAGUCGAGAGACCGCGGAUGGAACGGCAGAGGUGUUGAUGACUGUUUGCAAGCGCUUUCCACACUCCCUCUCCCCAAACUUGCUCUUCGCUCAUUGCUGCUGGGAGUUUGUGGUGCAGUGGAACAAAGACCCAGAGGAGGGUGCACACUUGUGCCGGGCCGUUGAACAUCUGAAGCUUGUUUCCAGUCCGCAUAUCCAACUAGGUAUUUGCACGAUGAUGUGGAGUACGUUUAUUGUCAAACGCUUCUCGGCAGCAGCCUUCCUCAUUGAGAAGGUGGGAAAAGCACCCAAAGAUCGCCUGUGCCGACGGGAUGUUGGAAUGGGAGACAAAGCUAUGACCUCCUUUUUGGGAUGCUGUGUCCAGCUGCUGCAGGUCCUCAUGGAGGCGGAUUCUGCGGUAGCCGAGGUUCCUCCUCCAGAGUUGUCCGUGGAGGAGGUGUGGUGCGGAGCCGAGGGCCCUGCCUCCAUUGCUGAACUUGCCCUCGAUCAGAAAGGUGUUCACUAUCCCCUGGUGCAGCAUCACUGUCUGCUAGCCUCCCUGCUACACGCCGCCUUGACUUUCAGCUUGAAGGUCAAACCCCUCAGCCUGUUUGACAGUAAGGGUAAGAAUGCUUUCUUUCGAGACCUGACCACCAUUCAGCUCCUGCCAAGUGGAGACACCGACCCAGGACUGGUUUUAUUAAGACAGGAGUUUCUUCUCCGGGUGCUCACCGCCUGGGUGCAGUGUAUGGACGAUCCGUCCGUGUCCGCCUCGAGUGCCGGACCCCGCAUGCUGCCCUCGAAUGGUCCCCAGGCCGUGUGGUGGCCCUCGCUGUGUCUGGAGCUGGGAGGCCUGCUGCAGGUCACCCCCGACAUCCUGCGGCGACACCUGGUGUGCCAGCUCUACAACCAGGGCCUGGACCCGCACGCAGAGGAGGUGAUGUUGCAGGUAGAAGACAAGGACGUGCUGGGCUCUCAGCUUCUGAUGAUCACAGGACAAAGGCUGAGCUACUCACUGCUGCACAAUCAGGACCAGACGCAGCCCGCUAUGGAGAUACUGGCCCGCCUGCCCCCCACCUUGUGCACGUGGCUCAAGGCUAUGGACCCCAGUGAGCUGCGUUGCCCCCUGGUGCCCCUCUUUCAGACGAGCAGGCUGGUGGGCCAUGUGAUAGAGAUGCUUCCGGAGAACCACGCCCAGUACAGCUUGGCGCUGCACCUCUUGGAGGCCGUGGACGCCCUUACAACGGAAGACUGAUUGACUCUCUGGACAUUGACAGUUAAUUUUUUUUAGGACAUGACUCACAUGACACAUCAUGAGCUCCUCAAAUAAAUAAUGUUCAGUCAACAAAGGCCACAUUUCCCUUGUUUUCACAUGGGGUUUAUUUCCUUCUUCAUGUUAAUAAUCUUUUUAACAUCCCAUAUUUUUGUAUGUAGUAAUUUAUGAUACUCCUGAAUAUUUGAGUUGAUGAUCCUUAGCUUCAUUCAAGUCUGCGUCACUUAUGUCUGAAGAGGAAGAACCUUGUUUCAUGGUGUGUCUGGAUAAACUAUUGCGAUAAUGGACGGAUGGAUGUGCAUAUAUGCAAGCACUUCUGUACUCGCAGUGCCUGAAAGCCUUUUAUUUACUAGUUCUGGUCCCAAUGGACAGAAUAAACAAAGAGGUAGCACU